UGUCACACCAUCCACCGACAACCUCGUCGUCAUCAACAGGGCAUCUCCAGCUACCUAUUUUCCGGCGAACAUCAACUCAUUCACGCGACAACAGCUCCAAAGCACAUGGACUCUGUUCCCUCAAUGCCAGCCUGUAGCCGAUAACAAACCCGACAACGAUGCCCCACGACGACGACAUGCUCGAACGCUCACAAUCCCUCCUCCGCAGCGCCACCUCCCGCCGUCAUCUAACCGACUUCUUCUCCCGCGCCCUCUCCGCGUUCCAAUCCCCCUCCGACUCGGCGCAAAACUUUCAAGUUGUCUGCACAGCCCCUCCAGCAAGUAGCAGUAAUGCUUCAUGUUCCGCUGCUGGUGCCCACGAAGCACAAGGGAAACCCCUUCAUCCCCAAUCUCCAGCACCGAUCCCACCGACGAAGCGACCGCACACCCUGAUCGUGCUGGACUCGAGCUUCAAUCCGCCUACGCUGGCACAUCUGCGUAUGGCUACCUCGGCAGUUCGAGAUACCAUCAAGAAGAAGAGAAGAGGAGAAGAUGCAAAGGACAUGAGCGGGUUACGACUCCUUCUCCUCCUAGCAGUCGUCAACGCCGACAAGGCGCCCAAGCCAGCGGCCUUUGACCAGCGACUAGCCAUGAUGUGGGCCUUUGCUCACGACGUACAACGGGCUCUAAGAGGAGAAGCGGACAAGAGUCCCGUCGAGGUGUCGCCAGCUUCCGGUCCGGGACCGAAACCGGAGAAGUCGCACAUUCACGACAGUAGUCAAUUAAAGGCGGCGGACGAAGAACAACAAAAGCAAGGAGUCCCACAAGUAGAUAUCAGCGUCGACAUCGGUCUAACAUCGAAACCUUACUUCCACGAAAAGAGCCGGGUGAUAGCCGAGUCCGAGUUUUACAAACCACCACAAGAAGAGGGAGAGGAGGAUACAAUGGAACAAGUCAUCUUGGUAGGCUUCGACACGUUGAUCCGUAUCUUUAAUCCAAAGUACUACGGCCCUGCCACGCAGGUCACGGCGCACGCGCAAGAUCAAAGCCGGAAGGGGUCACCGAUACAGCAGGCGCUCGAUCCGAUGUUCAAGCGGGCAAAGUUAAGGGUGACGCUGCGGACGGACGAUGAGUGGGGAGGUAAGCAGGAACAAGUGGCGUAUCUGGAGAGCUUGUUGAGUGAGGAAGGGCUGGCGAAGAUUGGGGGGAGUAAGGAGUGGGCAGAGAGGAUUGAGUUAGUGGAGGGGAGGAGGGAUGGGGAGGAGAUUGUGAGUAGUACGUAUGCGAGGAAGGCGGCGGAGAGGGAGGAGUGGGGGAAGUUGAGGAGGUUGGUGUCGCCUGAGGUUGGGAAGUGGAUUGAGGGGGAGAAGUUGUAUGUUGUUGAUGUGAAGCCGGAGGCAUGUUGAUUAGAUGUUGAUGGUCUUGAAAGUCAUCAUGGUAAACAUGAUGGUAAAGGUGACCUGAGUGAACCAAUAAUGUCCCUUCCAAGACCAAUCAAGUUUUAUGGGUUUUGUGCCGUCUGACGAGAGUCCAACCAUUCAGUGAUGUUUGCAC